CGGAACCAACCCGGAGGCAUGUUGCUUUAAAAAUUGCCGCCGUAUAGGAUUAUUGGAUACCACUGUCUCCUUUACUUUCGUAAAGGUUUCUCAAGAGUAAACUAUGCUAAAGCAGGGUUAAAGAAAGCAUCGACGCUCCUUUCCUAUUAGCAUUUUUAGAAUUCGAAACACAUUUCCUCCAACCACUUCCGGUUCAUCUCCAUAGAUAAGGACAUUUCUUAUGCAAGAAAGAGAAUUCGUAGAGGUCCCGGGGAUAUUCAAAACAAUGGCCGAGGGGUCGAUUAUACAACUUUCUAAAGGAGAUUUAGAAGAUGGCACUAAAACACACAGCGUUACAACUAGAAGCAAAGAUUACGGGUGCUCGUUGUUAGAAAAGGAGAGCAGUUUGGUGAGUGAGUCGAAUAUGAAUGGCGGAGUUCCUAUCGUAGAAACCUGCACUGACUCACACACAACACCGAGCCGAGCUUCAGAAAGUGAAGGACCGCACUCCUUAACGCAUAGGGACAUACACGGAGGCUUGGAAAAGACUACGAGGGCAAGCCAAGUAGACGCUGCCCUGUCGGUGGACACACUGGAUCCACAAACGCAUAAUGUGAACGACGAGGAAAACAACUUGGUGUCUACCAGACUCAACGAGUCGGAUGAUGCUAUAGAUGAGGAUGUAUCUUGUCAUGUAAGUAAACCUGACAACAAAGGGCUAAGUGACGCUGAGAUCGUGAGAAGAGCGCACGAAGAAGGCCGGAUAGAGGUAGUUCUGCCUGGCAGUGUGACUCAGGAGGGCUGCUGUCGUUUCGUCAGUGAAAUCCUCAAGUGCAUCCUCUACCAGAGACAGCAGUUGCCCAUGACCUAUGACCAACUUGUGUUUACUCAGAAGAAAACAAACGCUCCAAUUCAUAAAAAGGAGGUGGUGAACUCGAGGCCAACAGACUUUAACAGGCGAAAGUGUCAACGCACAGUCGAGGAUCUUGAGGUGCUGUUGGAGCACUUGGAGCUGUUGUUCUCCCUCAGCCUGGUUCCCCGGGUUCUGCUUCUAUUGGGCGGUUCCCCUGUCUUGCCCCAAGAGCUGUACGAGGUCAACAUGGAAGGGCUGGUGCUGGCCGCUGGAGACGGGAGCCUGCGCGUCUCGUCCUGUUUGAGGCAGCUCUUUCGCACUAUUUUUGUUUCCGACCUUUUGUCCGAUGUCCGGCCAGUCCGCCUAACGGCGACGACGGUCCUGGUUCUGGCUCACAGGGAUUGUGAAGUGGGAUGGUUCCGGCCUAAAUUGGACUUUAAGGUGCCCACAAGGGUAAAGCGGCAGAUUAUUGCACUGUCAACCGACGCAGGUAUCGGUAGCAGUCCCCAGAAAGAGGAGUCCAACUGGGAGGACUAUGUAUGGUUUCAGGCCCCUGUCGCCAUCAAGGGAUUCAGCAAAUAAAAGGAUGAUUACAGAUUCCCACUGGGAAAAGAAGUUUAUGAAUUCAUUUUACCUGGAUUGGGGGUCAUUCCAACUUCAGAACAGUAUAAAUUGUAAAGAAUUAUGAAUUAUUAUUUUAACAAAAGAUAUGUGGUUGCCUUUUGCUUUGGCUGUGAUUUAAACUAAAGUGGAAGAUUAGCGUGUAUUUAACAUUGCUGGGUGCUAUCCAAACCUUGGUGCUAUUGCUUAUUUUAUAAUAUUGUAUCAAGUCUAUUUGGAUAUAUUCAUGAAAGACGAAUAAAAAGUUUCAUUCUAUAGGAAUUACAAUUAGGGCAUUUGGCAGACGGCUUUUAUCCAAAGCGACUUACGUUGGUUAAUAAACACAUUGACACACCGCUGCAGAGUCCACCAUGCAAGGCGACAGCCAGCUCGUCAGGAGCAGUUAGGGUAAGUGUCGAGCUCAGGGACACAUCGACACUCAGCGAGGAGCUGGGGAACGAACUACAAGGCGACUGCUCUACCUCCUGAGCUAAGCUGAAUAGUCUCCUUCUGGUUCAGUAAAGGUAUAUGAUUAUACCUUUACUGUGUUGCGCCACUACUGCUGUAUUGGAGGACUCGUCUUAUUUUGUUACAAUUGCAAAAUGUUAUCUAUAACUUUUCCUGCGAGACUUGAGUAAGUAUAGAUUAUAUCAGUGAAAUAUGUUUCAAUGACAGUUGGCAAUGU